GUUCUAUUCUCUCCCCUCCUCUAUCGACUUUCAUGACCUUUCUGCAACUAUCCACGUCUCUACUCCUUUCGUCUGAAUGAAACCAACGCAGUCAAAACCCUAAACAACCUAUAUCAAACCCAUCCAUAUCAAUGGCGAGACGAACACUACCGAUCCUCAACCAACUAUGCGCUCGAUCACCAUCCCAUCUCCACCCUCUUUUAGGGUUAAUCUCAACCCGAUCGGUGACCUAUAUGCCCAGACCCGGAGACGGAUCUCCAAGGCCCGUGACUCUUAUACCGGGCGACGGAAUCGGUCCUCUGGUCACCGGCGCAGUCGAGCAGGUUAUGGAGGCAAUGCACGCGCCUGUAUACUUCGAGCGCUACGACGUCCACGGCGACAUGAACAAAGUACCUCAAGAAGUGAUGGAUUCCAUUCGCAAGAACAAGGUGUGCUUGAAGGGAGGCUUGAUUACUCCGGUUGGUGGUGGUGUGAGUUCGCUUAAUGUUCAGCUGAGGAAGGAGCUUGAUCUGUAUGCGUCGCUCGUUAAUUGCUUCAAUUUGCCGGGAUUACCAACGCGCCACGAGAACGUUGAUAUCGUUGUCAUCAGAGAGAAUACCGAAGGGGAGUACUCGGGGCUUGAGCACGAGGUCGUUCCAGGCGUUGUCGAAAGCCUCAAGGUGAUAACAAAGUUCUGCUCAGAACGUGUUGCACAAUAUGCCUUUGAGUAUUCGUACCUCAACAACAGAAAGAAAGUGACAGCGGUGCACAAGGCCAACAUUAUGAAACUUGCAGAUGGUCUGUUUUUGGAAUCCUGCCGGGAAGUCGCUAGCAAGUAUCCCAGUAUCAAGUAUAAUGAGAUUAUUGUGGACAAUUGUUGCAUGCAACUGGUUUCAAAGCCCGAGCAAUUUGAUGUUAUGGUUACUCCUAAUCUUUAUGGCAAUCUCGUGGCAAAUACGGCAGCUGGUAUUGCUGGAGGCACUGGUGUCAUGCCAGGAGGCAAUGUGGGGGCUGAUCAUGCUGUUUUUGAGCAAGGCGCUUCUGCAGGAAAUGUGGGAAAUGAAAAGUUACUAGAGCAAAAGAAGGCAAAUCCAGUGGCUUUGCUUCUCUCAUCAGCCAUGAUGUUAAGACAUCUCCAGUUUCCUUCAUUUGCUGAUCGGCUGGAAACUGCAGUGAAGCGUGUGAUCUCGGAAGGCAAGUACAUGACAAAAGAUCUUGGUGGAGACAGCACCACACAAGAGGUUGUUGAUGCUGUUAUUGCAAAUCUGGACUGACCUCGGGAAAUCACCUUUAACCCUUGGCACAUCCUGUUAAACUGUCAUUCCUAUUACAGACUUGUACUCGGCCAUUCUUGUAAGAUUUUGUUUCUUCCAUAUUUUUGAUUUCUGAUCUGAAGCUUUUUAAAGAGGUGAUUUUUUUUUUUUCUGAAUAAUCUUGGUUAACUUUGAGUUGGAAUAAUAAGUCAAUUAAGUAUUUGGCUUGGUGAAUGUAGAGCUUGCUUCUGUGAAAACUCCAAAAAAACUUGUAAGUACCUAAAGCAGGA